AUGGCUUUACAGGAGCCUGAUUACGAUCAGGUCGCGAAGGUCCUUGCUGCCCAGCAACAAGCUGCCCGAAAUGCUGGGAAACGGAGGGGGGAGCGGCCGAGGGAUCUUCCAUCACGGAACCAGAUUGUAGACGAAUUCACGAUGGUUAGUCUUAGUAACCAGAUGACUUCUUAUAUGGUGAUGACCACUGUCAUCGGCGAGCCUUACCAUCCAUCUACCGCCUCUUUGAAUACGUUAAAGAAGAUGAGCAUCAAAGAUUUGAAGAUCGAGAUAAAUCACAGGGGGUUCUAUAUGUUGCUCAGAUUUCUCUGUCCUCCGAUGCGCAUGACAGCAAUAAUGAAUAUUGUAGAGGAUGAACAGGGCACAGCGAAUCCCUUUGCAUUGUAUCUCCAAGAGCCUGAACAUGUUCGCCCGGCUCAGAGCAUUCUGAGACAAAAUCGGAUCUUCAUUCUCAAGGAGCCAUAUUUCAAAGUGGGGACCAACGGCCAGUACGCAAUUCGUGUCGAUCAUCCGACGGACAUCAUUUGGCUCUUUGAAGAUGAUCCGAGAAUCCCUGAGAACUGGCGUUCUAAGUCUUUCCAAGAGACGAGGCCUGCAGAAUACUGGAAGAAACAAGGCAACGACCUUGUCAAUGUGGGCACGUUCUAUGAUGCAAUUGAGAUGUACAGUAGAGGGCUUCGGUCAUCUCCAACCCCUGCAGAGGAAGAAAUCCUGCGGAACAAUCGUGCGCUAGCAAACCUGCGAAUUGAAGCGUAUGAUGCUGUCCUCGGAGAUGUGUCUUUCAUUACAAAGUUAGAGGACCGAUCCGAAAAAGCACUGUACCGUGGUGGGCUGGCUCUGUAUGGUCUGCAGCGUUUCGACGAAGCUGCUGAAGUUCUUCGUGUUCUGGAAACUAAGUUUCCUGAAAGUGCUGCUGGUAAGCACGAGUUAGCACGUACGCUUCUUCGGAUCAGGGAACAGAAAACUGGAGUUUACGACUGGAAAAAGCUGUACAUGGCUUCCCAACUUCGACCACCAAAAAUAGACAGUACAAGUUUCACAGGACCGAUUGAAAUUCGAGAUUCACCUAGCAGGGGGAAAGGUCUCUUCACCACCAAACAAGUGAAAGCUGGCGAUCUUCUACUUUGCGAAAAAGCAUUUUCCUACUGCUUUGCGGCACCUCCCGGGGAAGCUGUGAAGGCCAAAUCCAUAUCCCCUGCAUCGGUCCUGCUCGAUGUACCCAGCAAUCGAAGUUUCUUUGGAACGCAAGCAGACAUCAUUCGUGACGUCUCAAACAAGUUGAUUAUGGCGCCUUCACUUAGAUCCGAUUUUGAGGCUCUGUUUCAUGGCUCAUAUGAAUCUGUGCCGAGUACUCCCGUCGACGGAGCACCAGUGGUGGAUACGUUUCUCGUGGCCAAGAUCAUCAAUUUUAACUGCUUUGGCUGUCCUCUCACAUCUAAAGACGUCAUCAGCGACACAGAAUGGAAUCGAGCAAGCAAGCUUCCUUCAACUAUACAGCACGAUGCGGGUUCCCAGCGCUCUCUCUACCGCACAACCGGACUCUGGCUCAAAGCUUCCUUCAUCAACCAUUCCUGCGACCCCACCUGUCGUCGAAGCUUCCUAGGAGAUCUCCAAAUUGUCAGAGCAGCCCGCGAUCUACCCGCUGGUACAGAACUCACGUUCUCUUACCUGGGGGUGCUGGGAAAGUCGCCUGAAGAUCCGAAGUCACUGAACAAGCGCCUAUUAGAGGGUUGGGGUUUCGAGUGUAGUUGCCCCAUUUGCAUUGAGGACAAGGAGCUACCUCCCGCCAUCAAGAAUCGGCGCUCUCAACUCCUCAAAGAAUUCGACACCAUUGCCAAAACCAACCUGAAGAAGAAGAAAGAGGUGCUUCAGCAACUCAAAAGCACCUAUUCUCGUCCGCCCACAGAAGUCCCGAGACCACAAAUGUGGCUUCCCCUCUUCUCUCUCGUCCCGCUCUACGCAACAGGCAAGCACAGCAGCAAUGAAAAGGUUGUCGAUCAAGUGUUGUCCACCUUCGCAAGCGCCGGUUACAUCAUCAAAGGAGCGGGGCUUCUGUACGUAGAAGACUUGCCACCGCGAAUCAAGGUCGAGAAAUGGGGAUUGCCAACCGAAGGUGCUACCAGCGCUUGGCUGACGCUGCGGAAUGCGUAUGAGGCUUGGGGUGAUAUGGGCAGGGCAGAGCAGGCGAAGGAGUUUGCGAGGAUUAGUUGGAUGUUACUUGUUGGGGAGGAUUUCUCGUUCGUUUGGGAGAAUCCGCCGAAGGUUUAGAUGGCCCUGCCCGCGAUGUUCCAAGUCAAAGUCCGACUACCCACAACCUUCAUCUCUCAAUGUCCAUUGAGCUUGGUACAUAUACAGCCGACUCACCGAGAAUGCUCUAGAAAUAAGUCAUAUAUUAGAAGUUAUUUGACGCGGAGGAGUCGAGUUCAUUGCUGGUAUGAUUGACAGAGAGGAAAGAGGUGAGUUGGUGGAGUUGCGGUGUAUUGGUAUAUUGGUAGAUUCCGAGGAAAAGGUAAAUUUGAGUACAAUUAUCUUUUG